AAAGUGUGGAAAAGCAGACCAAGCAGACUGGCAUCGCGUCACAGCGUUCUCGUAUUGUAACAUUUUCUUAAAAACAAAAGAUAUAUUGGGUGCAUUGGCACAACCAAGGAUCAAAAUAGUAAAUAUCAAAACAUGAAAUCUAGUUUAAACGAAAAAUGGAUUGUGUGCAGGGUUUGUUUAAAGCAACCCGAAGAAGUGAUGACGACUAUAUUUGAUAGGGAUGACGAAAAAGACAUGACGCAAAUGAUUUUGGAGUGUGGCGGAGUACCAAUUAAACGUUUUGACCAUUAUCCGGAUAAAAUAUGUUGCAAAUGUAUAAAAUAUUUGCGUGUGGCAUAUAAGUUUCGUGUUACCUGCCAGCGUUCACAUAAACACCUUAGUAGAUUUAUAGCACCAGCUGUAGUAGAUACUCAGGUUGAGGAAGAAGUAACGGAAUAUUUACCCAUUGAGGUGGAGGAAGUAGAAGCUUUGAAAGUUGAGCCUGAUCUUGCUGACAUUAAGCAGGAACUAUCGGAUCCGGAGGAAACUGAAGUUCUAGAUAUUUAUGAGCCAAUUGAAGAAGAUGCGGAGAUUUUCGAAGAGUUCGACACAAUUGAUCGGUCAGGCUCAGCGCUUUCUGACGGUGCCGAGUACUUAGAAGAUAUUAAUUAUGAAUUCCAGUAUUCGGAUGAAGAUUAUGUACCAAUGAAAGAAGCAGCACCUAAGCGAGGUAGAGGACGACCGCCAAAGAAUUUGAAGAAAGGUGCUGUAGUAUCAUCCAAACAAACAGUAAAUCGAGAUUUAAUUAAGAAAGAGAAGACAUCGCCGGCAAAGCGAGGACCCAAACCGAAAAAAGUCAAACCUACAUCAUAUAUUUGUGAUAUUUGUGGAAACAUCUAUCCAUCGCAAGGACGCCUUACUGAACAUAUAAAAUUACAUAAGGGUAUCAAACCGCAUGAGUGCGAGAUUUGUGGACACUGCUUCGCACAGACACAGCAAUUAACGCGGCAUAUGAAUACUCACACCGGAAAUCGGCCAUAUAAAUGCAGUUAUUGUCCAGCAGCUUUUGCUGACCUUUCCACUCGCAAUAAACAUCAUCGAAUUCAUACGAAUGAAAGGCCAUAUGUGUGCGAUGUUUGUGGUAAAUCCUUUACAUACACAAACACUUUGAAAUUUCACAAGAUGAUACACACGGGAGAAAAGCCGCAUGUAUGUGAUAUUUGUGGUAAAGGCUUUCAACAAGCUUACAAACUGCGGAAUCACAAAAUGACACAUGAGCGAAAAGGCGUUGGAGUGAAAAUUGAGCCGAUAGAAGUGGAAACAUUAGAAAAUUAUCAUGAAGUAGUAACUGCUACCACACAGAUCCUAGAAAUAUAAAAUACCAACCUUUAUUUUUAAUAAAUAUACCGGAUCUUUAUUACGUUUAUGCAAUAAAUGGAAAGUUAUAUUUAAACUAAAUAAGCACCUAUAAAAUUCAACUCUUUAUUUACUUGUUUAGUAAAGUGCUGAAUGUAAAAACCAAUGUUAGACCUCAGACAUAUUUGUAAAAAUUUAUGUAGUAGGCAUUUAUGACUAUUUGAUUUAAUAUAAGCCCUUGAAUAAACAUUGAAAAUACUAAAAAUCAUGUA